AUGAUGAUGAUGAUGGAUGAUGAUGAUGAUGAUGAUGAUGAUGAUGAUGAUGAUGAUGAUGAUGAUGAUGAUGAUGAUGAUGAUGAUGAUGAUGAUGAUGAUGAUGAUGAUGAUGAUGAUGAUGAUGAUGAUGAUGAUGAUGAUGAUGAUGAUGAUGAUGAUGAUGAUGAUGAUGAUGAUGAUGAUGAUGAUGAUGAUGAUGAUGAUGAUGAUGAUGAUGAUGAUGAUGAUGAUGAUGAUGAUGAUGAUGAUGAUGAUGAUGAUGAUGAUGAUGAUGAUGAUGAUGAUGAUGAUGAUGAUGAUGAUGAUGAUGAUGAUGAUGAUGAUGAUGAUGAUGAUGAUGAUGAUGAUGAUGAUGAUGAUGAUGAUGAUGAUGA